CCUCCUCGGCGACGGCGGCUUCCGCCUCUCGUCGCUGCGCUCCCGCAGGAAACGGAAGAAGGCGCAAGCCAUGGAGGGGAACCGGGAUGAGGCGGAGAAAUGUGUCGAGAUCGCCCGGGAGGCCCUGAACGCCGGCAACCGCGAGAAGGCCCAGCGCUUCCUGCAGAAGGCCGAGAAGCUCUACCCACUGCCCUCGGCCCGCGCGCUAUUGGAAAUAAUUAUGAAAAAUGGAAGCACUGCUGGAAAUAGCCCUCAUUGCCGAAAACCGUCAGGUAGUAGUGAUCAUAGCAAGCCUAACUGCACAAAGGACAGCUACUCUGGUAGUGGUGAAAGUGGAAAAGGCUACACCAAAGACCAAGUAGAUGGAGUUCUCAGCAUAAACAAAUGUAAAAAUUACUAUGAAGUACUUGGAGUUACCAAAGAUGCUGGUGAUGAAGAUUUGAAAAAAGCUUAUAGAAAGCUUGCUUUGAAGUUUCAUCCAGACAAAAACCAUGCACCUGGAGCAACAGAUGCUUUUAAAAAGAUUGGAAAUGCUUAUGCAGUUUUAAGCAAUCCAGAAAAACGAAAGCAGUAUGACCUCACAGGCAAUGAAGAACAAGCAUGUAAUCAGCAAAACAAUGGUAGAUUUAAUUUCCAUAGAGGUUGUGAAGCUGAUAUAACUCCAGAAGACUUGUUUAAUAUAUUCUUUGGUGGUGGAUUUCCUUCAGGUAGUGUACAUUCAUUUUCAAAUGGACGAGCUGGCUAUAGCAGUCAACAUCAGCAUCAACAUAGUGGACAUGAAAGAGAAGAAGAAAGAGGAGAUGGAGGUUUUUCUGUGUUUAUCCAGCUGAUGCCCAUUAUUGUAUUGAUCCUCGUGUCAUUAUUAAGCCAAUUGAUGGUCUCUAAUCCUCCUUAUUCCUUAUAUCCCAGAUCUGGAUCAGGGCAAACGAUUAAAAUGCAGACAGAAAACUUGGGUGUCGUUUAUUAUGUCAACAAAGACUUUAAAAAUGAAUAUAAAGGAAUGUUAUUACAAAAGGUAGAAAAGAGUGUGGAAGAAGAUUAUGUGACUAAUAUUCGAAAUAAUUGCUGGAAAGAAAGACAACAAAAAACAGAUAUGCAGUAUGCAGCAAAAGUAUACCAUGAUGAACGACUCCGAAGGAAGGCAGAUGCCUUGAGCAUGGACAACUGUAAAGAAUUGGAGCGGCUGACCAGUAUUUAUAAAGGAGGAUGAACUGGAAUUUUAUUUAUACCUUUUAGAGUACUCUCUAUUUUUUCUGUAAGUAAGUUUAGUUUCAUCAUGAGAGCUAAAGAAAAAGAUUUGAUGUUGAAAACUAAACUGAAUAGUUGGUCCCUGAAAUCUUGGACUGUUUAUGACCUACUGGCUCCUUUAAAUAGUAAGAAACUGAAAACUAAAAUUAAUAUUUUAGUUAUGCUUCUGCAAUUAUUUUCACUUUAAAAGCUUAUAUGAUUCCUAACUAAAAAUGUCUUGAGAAAGGAUUAUCACACCUGUAGCCAUUUCUGGUUUUAGAUUCUCAAUUUUUUUCCCUUGUCAUGUAAAUAUUUAUGGAAUGAUCAUUUUCUGUAUAUUCAGGUUAUUGCCUUUUUAUUUAAAUUCUUUUGGUGUUUAGCUCCAUGAGACACUUUAGUUUAAAGUGAUGGAAUAAAUGUUUUAUGACGAAAUUACAUUUUCCUUGUCAGAUGUCCAGUGUGUGGAGGUUGCAAUGAAACUUUAUCAAAAAGAAAAGAAAAAACAAAAGUUGUUUAACUUUGUGUAAAAUCUUGUAGCAUUAUCAGCGUAGAGGGAAUCGAUAUUUUUAAUAUUGCCAUUAUAUUCUAAAUUAUAUAUUGAGAUAAAUGAACUGGUGUAAAGUAUCAGUUUGCUAUUUAUUUAGUUUUAUGAAUUGCUAAGCCAUGCAUAGAAAUGAAAUGCUAUACUGAUAGAUUUUAAAGAAAAUAUGAGGAAAUGGCUAUAUAAACAUUAACCAAAAAGGGUUUUCAACAGUAAAUUGCAGUUAUGUCAUUUGCAAUUCCAGUAACUAAAAGGCCCCCAAAUGCUCAUAUAUAUACAUCUUUGAAGGCUGCUAAAAUUUAUGAAGAAAAGGGCCUACCUGUUUUACCCCCCAUGGAAAUUUGCAGUUUCUUCUUAGUGAUCAGGAUCCUUAGUAAACAGGAUCCGAAACUAAAUGAGUUCUUAAUAUUGUCUAAGUAAUAGGAAAAAUUACUACUGAAAUGAAGCUUUGUGCCUUUUAACCUGAUUGCCAACUCGUAAACAUAUAGGUAGAUUAACAUGAGACUUACUUGAUCAGAGCAUGAUCUGUUUGGCCAUAUACAGCAGUGAGCAGAAACAUAGCAGUAGGUAGAAUAGUGAUUUAUAGCAAGUUAUCCUUACAAAAAUUUGAGCUAAAAUCUAUUCACCAUUGAGUAAUUCAAUUAAUCCUAUAGGAAUAAGCUCCUUAUAAUUAAAUCCAUAAUAUAAAUUGGAAAAAUCAGCUGGAAAUUGAAGUUUUUGGUGCCUGUAUGUUGGAUGUGAAACUAUUUGAUUUCUAGUCUUUGUUUUUUUUCUUUCUUCUAUGUUUAACAGUUGUAUUUUAAUGAUUUUGCUUUCAUACUCAUUUAACAGAACAUGAGCACAUCUUUGGUUAGGUUUUUUUGUGUGUGAGAGAAUGCUAGUUAGAGUGCAGUGUUCUUUUAUUUAAAGAUUUUUUUCUGAAUGUAAUUUAUAUACCAUCUGUUGAAUAGAACUUCUGAAAUGACCAUUUUUUUUUAAAUGUUCUCUUGUAUCCCCUUUUCCAGGUAAAUCAAUAGAAAUGCUUGAUUGAAUUAGUUGUUUAACUAAACAGCAUACUAUCCUAGGAAAACUGGACAGCUUAACCAACUUUCUUUAGAAAUGCAACCUUAAAAAGAAAAAAUAUCGUGCUUAAAAGAAAAUACA